AUGGGGACUUAUUCUGGCGAAAGCGAUAGAGAAAUUACAGAGAGAUCCAUUAGAAUGGCGCUAAAGAUGGGGUACAGGCAUUUUGAUACAGCAAAAAUAUACGGUUCUGAGCCGGCUGUGGGAAAUGCAUUAAGACGAUCAAUUUCUGAAGGUUUAGUGGAGAGGGAAGACAUUCAUAUCACCUCUAAGCUAUGGUCAAGUGAUCACAAUGAUCCUGUUUCUGCACUUCACCAAACUUUACAGAGGCUAGGGAUGGAAUACAUAGACUUGUAUUUGGUGCAUUGGCCAGUGGCUUUGAAGCCAUGGGUUGAUUAUCCAAUUCCCAGAGAAGAAGACUUUGAGACAUUAGACAUGGAGAAUACCUGGUCUAGCAUGGAGAGGUGCUUAGAGAUGGGUUUGUGCAAGUCCAUUGGCGUCAGCAAUUUCUCAUCUAGAAAAAUUGAAGACCUGCUGGAUUUUGCUUGUGUCACUCCUGCUGUGAAUCAGGUGGAAAUGCAUCCAAUGUGGAGGCAAAGAAAGGUGAAGGCAUUAUGUAGGGAAUAUGGGAUUCAUGUAAGUGCCUAUUCACCUCUUGGUGGACCUGGAAAUGCUUGGGGAACUACUGAUGUGGUUGAUCAUCCCAUCAUCCAAUCUAUUGCCCUCAAACAUAACGCAACUCCAGCUCAAGUUGCUCUAAGAUGGGGGUUGUCCCAAGGAUCAAGCGUUAUAGUGAAAAGCUUCAAUCCACGAAGAAUGAAAGAGAACAUUGGAGCCCUUCAAUUGAAAUUAGACGAAUGGGAUUUGCAUAAUAUAAAUAAGAUGGAGGAGAGGAAGAUCAUGAGAGGAGACUGGCUAUCCAAUGACACUACAAGCCCUUACAGAACCAUCGGGGAACUUUGGGAUGACGAGAUAUAAUUCUAUCUCUGGAAUUGGCCUUUUGGCCAACUCUAAAUGUAAAGAUAGAACAUGCAUGAAUGUACGUGCUACUUGCAUAUAUUUCGAUAAAAGGAAAAAUCCAAAUUUUUUCCUCA